AUGCUCUUUGACCUCAACGACGAGGAGCUCCAGACGCGCCUCGAGGCGCUCAAGCACCUCUUACUGGGCGCCAAUGUCCUCCUGUUCGUCGCUGCAGCGCUCGUGUUCGUCGUCCCGUUCCAGCGCGAACCAAAUGAGUCUUCCGCGCCGACCAAACGGGCGCUGCUCGUCACGGCCCAUCCCGACGACGAGAGUAUGUUCUUUUUGCCUCUCGUGCACUCGCUCCAGCUCAGAUCCAGCGCUGGCCGCGACAAGUGGGAGACCCACUUGCUGUGUCUCUCCCGGGGAAACUUUGAUGGCUUAGGGGCCGUCCGAGAGCAGGAACUUCGCGCGUGUGCCGGCCACAUUGGACUGGCAACUCCCCAUGUCCACGUGCUGGAGGAGCCCGAGCUUCAAGACGGUAUGCAGAACCACUGGGACACGUCGCGGAUUGCAGCGAUUGUGCUGGACUACGUGGACAAGCACCGCAUCGAUGCGGUCUUUACAUUCGAUGGCUACGGCGUCUCGGGGCAUCCAAACCACAUUGCGACCCAUUGCGGAGUCAAACAGGCUCUGCGUGAACAAUCGGAGAAAUGCAGCGCUGCUACUACGCCGAACGCCGGUGCGGAAAAGGUCGUUCGCGGGUGGGCUCUGGAGAGCACGAAUAUCGUGCGCAAGUACAUUGGGAUACUGGAUGCCGUGCCGUCAUUAUGGUUGACGCGUCAGACAGAGGACGCACAGCAGGAUCGGCAAUUCGUCUUUGUUUUCAGGCCAUGGUGGAACUACAAUGCCAUGGCACUGCACCAGAGUCAGUUUGUGUGGUACCGCCGCCUGUUUGUAGUCUUCUCGCGCUACACGUUCGUCAAUACCUUCCGCCCACUGCUAGAGGUCGACGUAACGGAUCGUCCAUUAGCGCAUAAGAAGACACAGUAG